AUGCCUGACAUGUUUCCCCAAGCAGUCAAUGGAGUUUUGGGACCUCAACAACUGGUACCCCGCCUUUUACAUCAACCUGAUUCUAGUGGAGGUUUACCGACCGAUUAUUUGGAUGAAUUUAUCGCGCGCUUUAAUAAUGAUGGCUUAGAUGAUAUAUUGGGUCCUGCCAUCGUUUAUCUCUCUUCGGAACUUCGUGCACAAAACAUUCUGGGUGAGUAUAAACAGUGUUUCCAAUCAAUGACAUACUUGUUUGAACACAAACCUAUUGCGAUGAUGGUAACCAAUUUGGAUGAAUUCAACCCUCAACACGCCACUGCUAAAAAUAUGGAGGAACUUUCAAUCUUGGGACCUAUGUUACGUCUCAGUGCUUACCCUGACAUUGCACCCAAGGUAGCCGAAUCCUACUUUCAAAACUCGGAAAACCGUAACGCAGGUGACUUAGCAUCCUGUAAAAACGGGCUUCGAGGCAGUGUACAAAAUAUUCAACGAUCCAUGUUCGCCAUCUGUAAUUCGAUUGUGCGUGCCAGCCCCAUCUCACGAAACCAGCUCUUGGAUUAUUUUGCGCAUACGAUUCGAUUAAACGAAAAGAGAGCUCAGAUGCAAGUGGAUACACAAGCUGUCUCUUCGGAUGGAUUUAUGCAUAAUAUUGCUGCUGUCUUGCUCAUGUUCUGUGAUCCUUUUUUGGAUAUUCGUGCUUCCAAAAUUGAUAAAAUCGAUCCAACUUAUUUCCGCACAAGUAAACGUCUGGAUGUCUCAGAAGAUACAAAGAUUAAUGCUACCAAGGAGCAAUCCGAUGCUUAUUAUGGACAAGUACAAGACUUGAAAUCGCAUAACUUUAUUACCGAAUCUUUCUUUAUCACUUUAUCCUUCAUGCAUUAUGGUCCUAUCCGCGCCCUUGUCAACUUUAACGAAUUCAUGAGAGAAUAUAACGAAGUCAAGAAACAAAACGAGAAAGCACAACAAGACGCUGCCAAUAAUGCCAAUACUCCUCAAGGUAUCAUGAGCGAUUUUGUUGCCAAGAGAAUGAAGGAAAAGUUUGAUCAAAUGACAACCUACCGCCUAGCCUACGAAACGAUGCUUUUGGAUCCCAUCUUUUUAACAGAGGCACUUCGAUUCUAUGAUCUUGUGAUGGCUUGGAUGGUACGUAUUGUGGAUCCCAAACAUCAACAUCCUUGGGAAAAGGUACAGUUACCUUUACCUGAUGCCAUUCCUGAAGUAUUUUCCAUGUUGCCUGAAUGGAUCAUUGAGGAUAUUGUCGAACUCUUUAUCUUUAUUGGCAAGUAUGGCUAUGAUACACAUGUUAUGAGCCAAUGUCCUCAUGAAGAAUUGGUGACAUUUAUCAUCACUUUCUUGCGAAACACAAAAUAUGUCAAGAAUCCCUACUUGAAGGCAAAACUGGUGGAGAUUCUCUUUUUCUUUACAUAUCCUAUUGCAAAGGGAGUUCCUGGUGAAUUGGAGUCUGUGCUGAAUUCACAUCCUUUAUCAUUGCAACAUCUUGUACCUUCUUUGAUGAACUUUUAUGUUGAGGUGGAACAAACAGGAGCUAGCUCACAAUUCUAUGACAAGUUUAAUAUUCGUUACAACAUUAGUCAUAUCAUGAAGACCAUUUGGAAUCACCCUGCCCAUCGUAAAAAAUUGCGAGAAGAAAGCACGAACUCGGAGAUCUUUACUCGUUUUGUCAAUAUGUUGAUGAGUGAUGUUACCUAUUUGAUGGACGAGAGUUUAAGUAAACUGACAGAAAUUCAUCAAAUUCAGUUAGAGAUGAACGAUAAAGCCAGUUGGGAAUCUCAGACACCUCAACACCGACAAGAACGUGAAGGUAGUCUCCCCUCGUUGGAAAGACAAGCUCAAUCCUAUGUUGCUCUUGGUAAAGAAACCGUACACAUGCUAAAAUACAUGACUGCAGAAGUUAUUCAACCUUUCUUGGUCAAUGAGAUUGUGGAUCGUUUAGCCGCCAUGUUGGAUUACAACCUCGUACAACUUGUCGGUCCUAAAUGUACUGACUUGAAAGUGGCUAAUCCUGAGAAAUACCACUUUGAACCACGUAAACUGUUAUCUGAAAUCAUUGAUGUCUAUUUGAAUUUAAAUUCGGAUAAAUUUGUUGAGGCCGUAGCACGCGAUGGUCGAUCCUACCGUAAGGAGUAUUUUUCGAAAGCAGCCUCCAUUUUACAAAAACAUGGUUUAAAACAAAUGGAUGACAUUCAUGCCUUGGAGAAGUUUGUGAAUCGUGUAGAAAUCGCUAUUCAAAGUGGGGCCGAUGAAGAGGAAGAGUUGGGUGAGGUGCCUGAUGAAUUCUUGGAUCCUAUCUUUUUCAACUUGAUGGAAGAUCCCGUCUUGUUGCCUACUUCUGGUGUCAUUGUCGAUAGAGGCACUAUUCGUACUCAUUUACUGGGUGAUACCCGUGAUCCCUUUAAUCGUACUCCUUUAUCCAUGGACAUGGUUAAGCCUGCUACUGAAUUGAAAGAAAAAAUUGCUGCAUGGAAAGCAGAACAAAAGAGCAAGAAAACUACUGCCAUGGACAUUAGCCCAUGA